UUUUUGAUUCUAUCUAAUCAGUUGUCAAAAUUGUCACUAGUCACCAUUUAUGGGCUCGCCCAAUUUUAUAAUAAUUUGGCAUUUUCAAAAAAUAUAUCAAAUUUUGUACAACCGAUUGCAAUUAUUUGAUAUUAUUCCACUGCCCUGUGAUUAGAUAAAUACGUAGAAGACGCGACAGCUUUAAAUCAUGGGGAAAACAUAUUGUCAGUCCUGCAAGAAAAAAUGUUCUGGAGAAGUCCUUCGAGUACAAGAUAAAUAUUUUCACAUGCAAUGUUUCAAAUGUAAAGUAUGCGGCAAUUCUCUUGCACAAGGAGGAUUUUUCUCCAAAGAUGGAGAGUACUAUUGUACAACUGACUAUCAAAAGAAUUUUGGUUCCAAAUGUGCAGUUUGUAAUGAAUAUGUAGAAGGAGAGGUUGUUACAGCUUUAGGAAAAACUUAUCAUCAGAAAUGUUUUACUUGUAAUAGAUGUAGACAAAAUUUCCCAGCUGGAGAAAAGGUUACUUAUACUGGCAAGGAGGUGCUUUGUCCCAAAUGUGUUCUAAUACCUUUGCACCCUACUGUAUCAAAAAACAGUCCAACCAGUAACAGUCCCAAUGAAUGCGCCGGUUGCAGAGAAGAAUUAAAAGAAGGCCAAGCUUUGGUCGCUUUAGACCAACAAUGGCACAUUUGGUGCUUCAAAUGCAACACUUGCGGUACAGUGUUGCACGGGGAAUAUAUGGGUCGCAACGGGGUACCGUAUUGCGAAAGGGAUUACCAGAAGCAAUUCGGCGUAAAAUGCGCUUAUUGCAAUAGAUUUAUCAGCGGAAAAGUUUUACAGGCUGGAGAUAACCAUCACUUUCACCCGACGUGCGCUCGUUGCACCAAAUGCGGCGACCCCUUCGGCGACGGCGAGGAAAUGUAUUUGCAAGGGGGCGCGAUCUGGCAUCCCCGAUGCGGUCCCGGACCCACCGAGAACGGCGAAAUUCUCAACGGAACGGGAGAAGCGAACGGACACUGCACCGAUACCGAUAUGUCAAUUAGAGAUUUUGACAGGCACAGCACUUCGGGCGCCAGCGAACUGCAGUUUUCCAUGAGAUCACGCACCCCUAGUUUGAAUGGUUCGUUAUAUAGUCCUACGAGCAUGUCUAGGAAGAUGUACACUUAUCGGUCGCCAUCACCAGGUUUGAUAUUAAGAGAUCAUAACAAAUCAGCUACAUUGAUGGAUGAUAUAUCCAGGAUAUACACUUAUAGCUAUCUUACAGAAGAGCCCACCUUUGGUUAUCUGAGGAAACCUAUUCAUCCGUACGAUAAGGCUCCCACUUCGCCACAUUUCCAUAGACCAACUUCUCAAAAUUCGUUACGGAGCAGUUCGGGUUCGGGUAGAAGAAGCACGUCGAGAACGGCAAUGAAAGUGUUGGUAGAUUCUAUGCACACAGAAGGUCCUAGACCUAAAUCGCCGCACAUGAAUAACGAAGAACCAAUAGAAUUGGCGCAUUUUCCGGGCGCCAAACCGCCGAUCGCCGGGGAACCGUUGAAGAUUGAACGCGACGAUUUUCCGGCACCGCCUUAUCCGUACACGGACCCCGAACGUCGAAAGAGAUGGUCGGAUUCGUAUAAAGGAGUACCUUCUGACGAAGACGAAGUCGAUAACGCGAUGGAAAGAGACGUUCACGACGCGAAAUUGAAAAAGGAAGAGAACGAACUAAGCAAAAUAGCCAGCGGUAUAGGAAAAGUGUUUUUGAAAAACGUUCAAGAGAGGGAAAAAUUCAAGCAAUGGAAAGCGUCUAAUUUGGAUCCCAGAAACGCGUCCAGAACGCCUUCGGCAAAUAAAGAACCGAACUACAGACUUAGAUACGACAAUCCGAUCGGUGCCAGUCCUUCUAGAAAUUUAGACCAUCCCAGGGCGUUUGACGACGAAUUAGAAUUCGAAAGAUCGUUGAGCUGUCGCUCCUCCGUUGGUCGAUCCAUCGGUGCUAUUCCUAAUUAUAACGUAGUAUCAUCUUUACGAACGGUACCUAAACCUGGUUAUGGGCUCAAAUCUUCCACUUUAUCCAGUAGACAUGAAUUUGGAGAUUAUCCGUAUAGCGGAAUGGGUACUAAAACUUACAGCACUGACUUCAGUUGCGGAAAAUCAGAUAUUUCAACUGGUUCUAUAACUGAUGUUGAACGUCGUGCUAUAAAUUGCGAAAUGACCCUAUCGACGACUUACACCGGCCCCUUCGGACGGUAUCCCACGGGAUACGCGUCGCAACAGGUGCGGCGCUCCCUACCCAACAUGGCGCACUCGAUGUUAAUAAACGAACCCGCCAAAAUAUAUCCCUAUCAUUUGCUGAUUGUCACAAACUUCCGUUUGCCGUCUGACGUCGACCGUAUGAACUUAGAGAGACAUCUAUCGGAUCAAGAGUUCGAAGCCCUUUUGCAAUUGCCCAGAUCGGAUUUCUAUCGCUUGCCGCAGUGGAAGAGGAACGAUAUGAAGAGAAGGGUGCGUCUGUUUUAAAACGACAAGCCCGAUUUGGUAAAUGUGUACUCGGUACAUCAUAAUAAUAGGAAUAAAAAAUGGAAUCCCUUUCUGGUUGCUAUAACGCUAACAAUUAGGCUAAAAAGCGCGGUUUCGAUUGAACGCUGAGCUACAGUUAGAAAUUUCUUCCUUGUUCUUGGAUUCGUCAUUUUAACGCUAUAAAAGCGGGCUUUGUGGUGUAAAUAAGACAAAUUAGUUAAAUAUUUUGAUUUUAAUAGAAGUGAUUUUCAGUUACGGUUUUACAUCACAUCUGCAUACCAAAUUGCAUUUUUUUUAUUUAAUAUAACGAAAAUUAUGAAUGUUUUAUAAAUUUUGAUAAGGAAAGAAAAAUGCGUUACUGUUAAGCGAAAAUUUUUAUUACGAAAUAUUUAAAUAGAAAAUAUAUAUUUUUAUAUACAUUCCUUCGAAUUUCGUUUUGAUAUAUAGAUAUAUAGGAAUCAAAAUUGUUAGAAAAGAAAUAUUAUACAGGGUUUUGUAAUAGUUGCGGAUUUAAAUUUUGGUUCCAAGUUUUUUUGAGGUUAAGCUUCUAAUAAAACAUGGUCCUUCGAGCCGGAUUGGUAUGUUUAAAGAACGUUUUCAAAAGCUACUAUCGCUAUCGAAAUAAGUCGUUAUAUUAGUUUUUGUAUUGUUAAGUCCAAACGUUUUGGUGUCAUUGUUUUAAUUGAAGACCUAUUAAAAGAGAUAUCGUUAACUAUUGAAUCUAAUUUAUGAUGUAGAUGCAAUUUACAGAACUGUGUGAGUGUAUCAUAAAUAGAAAUAUAUAUUUAGAUAAGUUUAUCAAAUAUAAAUUAGGUGGACCGUACUAAUUAAAAAAAAAUGUAUAGAAUAUGAAUUAAAGAUAAAAAUAUUUCACACAUUUUGUUCAAAACGUUUUUUUUUUAAUCUUCAUUUCCAACGAAAAUGCGGACAAAUUCAAAUUUUUAAUUUUUCUUCAAAUUUCUUUGAGCGAAACACAAAAAAGAUUUAUUUCAGUACAAAAUACAUACAAUUCAUGUAAAAUAACAAUUUGGCGCCCAACGUUAUUUCUCUGAUAAUACCUUGGCAUGCAACGUGUUAAAGUGACAAUAACUGGAACAAACAAAAUCAGUAUGUUUCAUUUAUUGACAACCCUAUCGAUUACUGAUCCACACUAUUGACGUACUGUCUAAAAAAUAAGCAAUCAAUCUUUUUUGAUUCUAGUUACUGACAGAUGUCCAUUAUUGAUACAAAAAGUUGUAAAAUGAUGGAAACAUGUUUCUUGGUGUUAAAUUUUGUUAUAAACUACGUUUUUUUUGUCUGUUUAUGUGAUGGAAACAAAAUAAUUUACUUAAUAUGCGAGCUUACAUGUGAGCCAACUACAUAAGAUUGGCUGUGGGGGCAACAAUCUUUCCGCAAAUCUAUGUCAGCUAAUUUUAAAGUUUGACACUGAUAUAUUGUCAAAUUUCAAAAAAUCCUUAGUACACCCCUAGGGUACUAAAAUAUUUCAAGUCUUAGGUCCAUUGUUUUAGAUGGUACUUUGUCUGUCAGUCAGUAUGUCAAUUAGUAACGGUAUUUUUUUUAUAGUUAUAGAUAAAUAAAUAAUAAACAACAUGAAAAUGGAAUAGUCUUUAGAAAGAGAUAGCAUCGUUUCGUAUUUUCAUAGGCGUAUCCUAUUAAAAAUUGCGCUACUAUUGCACGACCCUGUAGAGCUAAUUAUAAGUAUAACUGAUUUUUUUUUUAAAUACAGCUACCAGCGCCAUUUUUGCUUGUACGUUGUCGUUCUUGUAGAUAUUUUUUUUAUAAAAAAAAGCAGUUUAUAAAUGACUGAAAAUCAGUUCUAAGAAACAUUAAAAAUAUACACAAACUGCUUUUACUGACAGUUGCAACACGGUGCAAAAAAAUUGCCAGCACUUUUUUUUAAAUUAAUUUAAAAAUUUUAAACUUUCCUUAAAACCUUUUGCCAUAGUUUAGGUUUACCUACAGGAUGUUCCAGAAAUGAGUACAUACUUAAUUUUAAUUAAUAAAAAAUACAUUAAAUUUUAUUCAAUAUUUUUUGAGAAAAUAAUGGGGUAGCUAAAACUAAUAAAUUUAUAUUAAAAAUUAGUUCUUUUUUGUUAAAAUAUUCGUAACUACUUUUUUUCUGGAACACAUUGUAUAUUUUUUUAAUUUAAACAAAAAAAAAACAAAUGGUACUAUUUAUUCGUUGUAAAUUAUAUAUAAAUAUAUGGGUAUAUAAAUGAUUAUUAUUAUUGUAAUAUGUAUAUAUUUUUUUAAAGCUUUUACAGGGUAAUUCACGAUUUUGUAAUAUUAUUAAAAAAAACUAUUAAUAACAAUAUUGACUGAUAUUUGAAGUGACUAAAAAUACAACUUUUUCAGUUCUUAAAUUUUUCGUAAAUCGUUACGUUUUCGAGAAAAAAAUUAAAAAACGUCUUUAAACCUAUCGAUAUAAGAAUUAAAUUCCUCCAAAAAUGUUCUUUAUAAGUUUUGCUACAUUUUUUUCUAAAAUACAUACUUAUCGACAGUAAUAAUGUACCACAUUAUAUAUGUGGACCAAAUUGUAGCAACAUAUUCAAACAAACAAAUUUAGUUAAAAUUUUGACAGUGAAAUUUUCUUUAACAUAUCGUACGCCACUGGUAAAAUCGAAUUAACUUGUUUUUCUAUAAAAUCACUUUGUAAAAUCAAUUUUGUAUGUCAUGUCAACACCUUAUAUUUAAUUCAGAGGUGAAAUUAGAUCCACAUUGAUUAAUAUUAAUAGUUUUUACUUUCAAUAACAAGAUUGAAGUAAAAGAGGGAAAGGGCGUACAAUUAUUUUAAUUAUUUUGUAAUAUAAUUAAUCGUGAAUUAUUCUUGUACAUAAAAGCUGUUUUAUUAUUAUUAAUUAUUAAUUGAUGCUGUAGAUUUUUGUAAUUUGGAAAACUUUUUAUUAAUCACACACGCAAUCGAAGUUAAAAUGAAACGAGAUCUCAAACUUGCCUUUGAUUUUGACAUAACGAAAAAGUGAACAUAUUUUUUUGUAAAUUUUGUUAAUUAUUUUCAAUUUAUGAUAUCCAUAACAAAUAAUGAUAUUUUAAUUGUAAAUCGAACUGAAGUGAUUCGACAAGAGGUGCAGUAAAGAAAACGACUGAAUUACCUGAAAAUAAUCAUUUUUUUUUUACACAAAUCAUCACCUAAAGUUUUUUUUUUUACUUUGCUUUUCUGUAGAUGUCCCAGCAACUUUCAUCUUCUCAUCUAUAAAUAAUACUUUUGAACCAGUUUGUGGUAUAUUGCAAUAUCCUUAUGUCAGCAAUGUGUAUUUGUUGGUCCACCUUAUUUUAGAGGUGUAAUUAUGACUUUGCAGGCCCCAAUAGAGUUUAGAACUAUCAAAAAGUGCCAAUAUAAAAACAAAUCAAUUUACAAUACUAAAAAAAAAAACAAUUUUUCCAUAAUAUAUAAUAAUUCACUUGAUAUCAUCUAUUAACAAACAUAACAGAAGUGGGCUCAAUACUGAACCUUGAUGCACGUCUAUACAUUGAGGACGUAAAUUGUGUCCCCCUUCUUAACCUUUAAAUGGAAGACAAAUAAGGUGAAAUUAGAUGGAUAGAUAUAAUUUUGUUAUAACUAGAUGCACUUUACUUGAGAGGUAAAAUAGAGGGCGUUACUAUCUUUAAAUUUUCUAAUAAAAAAUAGGGUUAUGUGAUACCUCGUUUGAACGAUAUUUUCAUUAUAUUUACGUCCACGCUAGAUUUUUUGUACGUUUUUACAGAAAUUGCAUUAAAUCAAUUAUAAAUUACAUUCUUGGUAACCCUCGUAUUUAUUGUUUUUGUUUUUAUAAAUCAGAAAAACUUCAAAAUAUUAUUUAUUUAUAUACAGGGUGUACCAUUAGUGUGUAAUUGUUCAAUAUUUCAAUUUGUUAUAAAUAAAAGUUUAAAUUUUUUUUUUUUGAUAUACAGGGUGGUUGCUUUUUUGCCUGGCAAAUAAAAAAAUGUAUAUUUUUUAAAUAGAAUACUCUGCAUUUUAUUUCAGUUUAGGAAUUGUUUGGUAAUACUGUAUUCAACCCUAGAUUUUUUUUUUUUAAAUAUUACAGGGUUGCCAAAUGAAAUUAUGAUAAUUUAGAUAGGGUUACAAUAAUUUAAAAAUUGCUUAAAAUACAGACUUAUAAGAAACUAAGUUACCCAAUAGUGGUUUUAGAACUGGAUUAUUUUAUACAGAUUGUUCUGAAACAUGUCUUAAAUAUUCAAUUUACUCAGCUUUUUCAAAUGCAACACCCUGUAUAUUAUUUUAGCAUAAAAUUCCUUAUAUAUUUACCUAUCCAACUAUACCAACAUGUUAACUAAUAACAUAUAUACAGGGUGUCUCAUCAGUGCGUAAUUGAUCGAUAACUGGAUUAUUGGACAUUUAAAAAUUAUUCUUAAAUAUACAGGGUGGUCGAUAAAUAAGUGGCUGACCAAAUCUAUACAUUUUUAAAUCAAAACACCUUCAAUUCAAUUCUCAUGUCAGAUUGGACAAAUUAAUCGUUGACAGCUGUCAAUUCAUGGUCAACAAGGAAUAUAAAAGUAAAUAUCCUCUUUUCACAUUGAGAGUUUGUGUUUUUGAGGUCGCUGAAUUCAAUUCUCAUGUCAGAUUGGACAAAUUGACAGUUGACAGCUGUCAACUGUCAACGACCUCAUAAACCCAAACUCUCAAUGUGAAAAGAGGAUAUUUACUUUUAUAUUCCUCGUUGACCGUGAAUUGACAGCUGUCAACGGUCAAUUUGUCCAAUCUGACAUGAGGGUUGAAUCCAGUGACCUCAAAAACAUUACCGUAUAUAUACAGGGUGGCUCACGCUCAACGGGACGGAGCUUUAUGGGAAAACGACCAAAGAUAUAAAAAAUUCGUUUGGGAGGAAUACGUAGGUUACAGACGGCUACAAUUUAAAAUUUGUUAGGUGUAUACAGGAUGUCCCACAUAAGAAAAAAAAAAUUAGUUCAUUAAAAAUUAUUCAAACAAGAGUAAACAAUUAAUUUCUGGGAGACUUUUUUUCCUUAAAAAUUCAAAUCGAAAACUAAUAAUAAUAGUAAUAGGGAACCUUUAGUUAACUGACAUUAUUUUUGAUGUAGUUUUUAAUUCUAAAAUAAAAAACAGGGUGUUCCAUUAAAAAUAUAUAACUUUGUAUAUUUUCUCUUAUGUGGGACAUCCUGUAUGCAUCUAAAAAAUUUUAAAUUGUAGCCGUCUGUAACCUACGUAUUCCUCCCAAACGAAUUUUUUUAUAUCUUUGGUCGUUUUCCCAUAAAGCUCCGUCCCGUUGAGCGUAUAUGAAUACUCAAAAUAUGCUUUUGACAUCUGUAAAUAUUAUUGAAAAUGAAUAGUUUUGCAACGGAUCAGGGGAGCUUUGGCAGCUUCGUGGCUGCCAAAAUAUUCAUUUUAGCACUUUGUGCCCAUGGAGACUUUUGUUCAAAACAUAUCAAAAAUUCAGACAAUUUGACAGAAACCCAAUUUCCAUAAGAUUAUUGCGGGGUCCUUAUAAUCAAUGUUAUGCUAAAAUAAUAUACAGGGUGUUACAUUUGAAUAAAUUGAACUUAAAAUUAACCAUAUCGAAGACAUGUUUCAAAACAUUCUGUAUAAAAUAAAACAGUUUAAGUGUAAAGGUAAUCACUACUAUUCGUUAGUUUAGUACAUUAAACAAUUUUAAAAUCAUUGUAAACCUACCUAUAUAAUGAUUAUAAUUUCAUUUAGGGUCUUAAUUAUUCUCUAAUUUCUAAAAAAGAAUAAUUGCUUGGCAACCUUGUAAUAUUCUAGGAUUGAAUACAAUAUUACCGAAUUAUUCUAACACUGAAAUAAAAUACAGUAUGUUCUAUUUAAAAAACAUACAUUUUUAUUUGCCAGGCAAAAACGCGACACCCUGUAUCUCUAAAAGUAUUUUUAAAAUAAAUAUUUUUCAAAUCCAUAUAAAUAUUGAACAGUUACGCUCUAAUAAGACACCCUGUAUAUUAACGGGAAAAUUUAUGCCAUUGAAAGUGGUUUUUAAAUCACCUUUGAUAUUCCUAAUUUAUUUUUUUCAGUAAAUAUUGUUUCUUUAAUUUCAAUAGUAACAAAAACAAUAAUAAUACGAGGGUUACUUCAUUAAUUUACUUAAUGUAAUGUCUGUAAAAACACAAAAAACAACCUAAAACUGUUAGCAUGAACGUAAAGAUAAUGAAAAUAAUUUAUUGAUUUCAAAAUAGAUACAAGAUGUACUGUAUCUUUCAAUUGAGGUUUCAUAUGACCUUAUUUUUUAUUAGAAAAUUUAAAUACCCCUCUAUCUUCUGUUUUAUUUAAAAUGUACAUCAUUAUAACAAAAAUAUCAUAACUCUUAUCUUCUUCCAUUUAGAAGUUAAGAGGGAUGAGCACAGUUUACGUCCUCACUGUAUAUUUAUUCUCACACUGUGUUUCUGCGUACAUAUCCUGAACCUUUUGCACACGUUUCAUAGAUAUAUCUUUCACUUCACCUCUCUUUGAACUCCGUCGUAUGCCCUUUUCAUAUCAAUAAACACCUUGCCAAACAAUGUGUUCGUUUAUUAUUCCUCUAUCCUAAUUUUUUUGUAAUAUUAUCUCUAAUUUUUAGGAUGAUGAUGUGAUUGUUCUUUGGGGUGCUUAUUCUAGUUUCAUUUCUGUGUUACCGGUUGUAUAUAUUUAUUAUUACCAACUUCUUUUGUUAGUUUUUUUUGUGUUCUUAAUUUUGAUCUAGUUCCAUUGAGUUUAAUAUCAAUUUUAAUCAUUGGUGUUUUACUAUGUAGUGGAAAAUAGUUUCUGUUUUUCUUUUUUGAAACAACUUUCCUUCAAUCUAUGCCUCGACUCUUUCCAUUUUUUGAUUAUUUGAUUUACCGUGUAGUUUUUUCUCUAUUUUUUUUAUAAUUGUAUUCAUAUAAAUACAUAUUUUAUGCUGUGAGUGAUCUUCGAAAGGAAUUUUUUUUGCUAUAUCAAAAAUAAAAGAAAGUUUGUAUAUUUUAGGAAUAUAAAGUUUUCUAUAAACAGCAAAUUGUAUAGCGCGCGCACAUUGUUUAUUAUUGUUUUAUUUUGCAAUGAAAGCUAUAAAUUCGCGAUAUUUGUAAAUUUUAAUGGUAUAUCGACGUGUAUAGAUACUUUUUAAGUUAGUACGAUUUUUUUUUUCUAAUUUGCAACAGUUUAUUAUCACAGUAUUAUAUUCGUUGGUAAGUCCAAUCAAAAAUGUAAAAAUAGCGUAAAUAUUUUACGAAUUUUUGAUUUUACAGCAAAUUUAGUCGGAACCAUUUUUGUUCUUAAUUGAAUUCUCUACAAAUUCCUUUACAUACCUGUUUUAUAAUACUAACCGUUAAAGUUUUUUUGCAUUUAACACUUGAAGUAAUUUUUCAAAUAUAUUUACGCUAUUUUUUUCAUUUUUUCAAUCCUAAUUGUACAAAAUCAGUUUCUAUAAAGCAUUUUUUUAUUAAAUAUAUCAGACCAUAAAUAAAUAGAUUAUUUAUAGAUGUCGGGAUGCUACUAGGGUACUAAGUUAAAAAUGUUUAGGUAUUUAUAAGGUUAGGCGAUUAGAAUGCAAUAAAAUAAAAAAUGCUAUUUUCAGCUAGAUGUUAGUCGCGGUUGAGUAAUAAAAAUUGGUGAUUUUUUUUUAGCUAAGCUGAAAUGGUAUUUUUUUAUGUUUUUUAUAGCUUUGUUCAUUAAAAAUAUUCCAGUGAUUGUUAUAUAUUUAGGUACUAUAGUGAAAUACUUGUAUGCA